AUGUCUAAAGUACUAAGGAAGCAGAGGUUAUCAAAGCCCCACAACAGAACUAACAAAAUGUACAAAAAGGGCGCAACUAAGUUCCCAAAGCCAUCUGCAGAGAUGCGUGAAGGAAUAGUAUCAGAGAUAGUCCACGAGAGAGGUAGAAAUGCACCUCUUGCCAUGAUUACAAUGGUAAACGAAGACAAGCACGCUAAGAAGGAAAAAGUAGUCUUAGUGGCCUUGGAGGGCAUGUACACUGGAAAGACAAUAUACUUUGGAGAAAAGACUCCACUUUCCCUUGGAAACACAAUGUGCCUGAAGAACAUCCCAGACGGUACAGUUAUCUGCUCAGUUGAGAGAGUAGUUAGAGAUGGAGGAAGUAUUGCAAAGACAAGUGGUUCAUACGCCACUGUUGUUGGAUACAACCCAGACAAGAACGAGUCCAGAAUAAAGCUUCCAUCUGGUGUUAAGAAGAUCCUCAGUGGAGACAGCCGUGCCAUGAUUGGAAUCAUUGCAUCCGGUGGUGUGCACGAGAAGCCUCUGCUUAAGGCCGGAAGAGCAUACUACAAACAGAAGGCAAGAGGCAAGCUAGGAGCCUGGCCAAGAGUUAGAGGUGUGGCCAUGAACCCAGUUGACCACGUCCACGGAGGAGGUAACCACCAGCACAUAGGAAAGUCAUCUUGUGUCGGUAGAACUGCACCACCUGGACAGAAGGUUGGACAGAUUGCUGCCAAGAGAACUGGUACCGGAAGAGCAAAGACAAAGAGAUUUGAAUAA